UAUUUUCACAAAAAGAAAUGUGACAGCAGACGAUGUCCCAGAAUUAUAAGUAGUGUCAUGAAGUCUAAUCCACAAUAAAAGGAUUCUGAAAACUUCAGAGCAGUAGACUGUGCCUAGUGUCUGGUGGUAUAAAGUUAGCAGUAAGACCAUAAAAUUGAUACCUGUGCUUCUGAUGGCUGUUCACAUGUAAGAAGCAUAAUAUCCCGACCAAGGUAAAACAUGGAAAAGGAGGAGUUAAUGCCCAAGGCACUCCUCCUGUCUGAGCAAAGGACGAGAAAGACGGUGAUGGUGAACACAAGAGGGCGCAUGAUACACACAGAACUUCCCAGCGGGGGCGCUGCCAGCGGGGAGCUCCCUGCGACCGCCUCGACCCUGCCUCAGGGAGGCCAGCCAAUCACGUUGCCGCCUGUGUGCCCUACUAAGAAUGCCUUUUUGUCUAUCAGCCGCAACUGCGAAAUCGGCUGAAAGUUUCUCAAGAUGCAGAUUAAAAGCAGCUUUGGGGUUUGCUUGUUUCCUCCCUAUGGAGGGUAAACACCUCUUGGCGAUAGCUACUGGACAUUUUCAGGCACUGUUCCACACCCAAGGUUUAUCAACUGCCCUUAAGAUAGCCUGCCAUUUCUGGGCCUGUUCUCUUCAGCUAAUCUAUGGUCAUUGCUUAGAAUAUGCUACAAUGUUCGAUAAAGAAGCCAAACCAUACAAAGUUGAUCCUUUUGUAAUUAUGAUUAAGUUUCUGUUGGGGUAUAAAUGGUUUAAAGAAUUAUGGGAUGCAUUGUUGUUACCGGAAUUAGAUGCCAUUGUUUUAACUAGUCAGAGCAUGUGUUUCCCCCUUGUAUCCUUGAUUCUCUUUCUAUUUGGAACAUGUAUUGCCUACUGGGGUGGCCUAUUCUCUUCUACAUCUGUGAGACUCCUUUCUUCACUGUGGCUAGCUUUGAAAAGGCCCUCUAAACUUCCUAAAGAUAUCAAGAUGAUAUCACUAGACUUGCCCUUUUUGACAGUGGUUCUGAUCAUAGUUAGUUGGACAAGUUGUGGAGCAUUUGCCAUACUUCUUACUUAUCUUUACUAUGUCUUUAAGAUUGUUCAUCUCCAAGCUAGCCUAACAACUUUUAAAAAUAGUCAGACUGUGAAUCCUAAACACUCUAGAAGGAGUGAAAAAAAAUCCAAUCACCAUAAAGGCUCUACAGGACACCAUCUUCGUUUAUCUGCCAGUGAUGCUGAAGAUAGUCUUCGCAUGCACAGUACUGUGAUUAACUUACUAACGUGGAUUGUAUUACUCAGCAUGCCAUCUUUAAUUUAUUGGUUAAAGAAUCUUAGGUAUUACUUUAAACUGAAUCCUGAUCCAUGUAAGCCUUUGGCAUUUAUCCUUAUUCCAACUAUGGCAAUUCUUGGAAAUACUUACACUGCUACAAUAAAAUCAAGUAAAUUGCUGAAGACUACUUCACAAUUUCCACUUCCACUGGCUGUUGGUGUGAUCGCUUUUGGGUCAGCACAUUUAUACAGGGUUCCAUGGUUUGUCUUCAUUCCUCUUUUACUCCAUGCAUUAUGCAACUUCAUGUAAAUUGGAUUUAAGGAAUGCUAAAGGUGAUUUAAGCCUUUAGAGUCAGUAAUAAGAUGAAAUGAACAGAUCAUCAAUGUGGACAGCAAGAUCCUUUGGAGAAGACAAGUCUAUUUUUACAUUAUUGAAAAUAGGAAAUUAGUUUUGUAAUGCUUGAGGAAAGUAGUUGAAGCAAUGGUUCUGUGUACUAGUCAUUUUUGAAAAAUUAGUGAAAGGACAUAGUGGCCACUGUCUUUGAGGAUUCCUCUUCACAUCAAGGAAUCUGCUGACUGGCCAUGGCAGUGAUCUUCUACACAGUCAGUAAAUGUGGCAGUUUGUAAUCUCCCCUCAAGCAUUCUGCUUAUUUCAUAAAACUUUCUUCUGAAAAGUGGUUACUUUGUAUUUGCUAUUUCAGUAUACAUACUGAGAAAUCAGUCUUUAAAACUGAUGAAAUUUGCAACUUUUGGAUUCUCAAAAAUGAAAUAGCCUAAAGAGUCUGGUCAACUUUUGGCAGCCACAAUGAACAGAGUAGAUCUUUUUGUCUUUUUUGCAUCUCUAAAAAUAUAACUUUUAAUUCUAAGGAGACAUGUUUUCAUGGUAACUGAAGCAAGAUUAAUUAAUGGGUGGAAACAUAAUUCAAAUUCAAAACUUAAUGAAAUUUUCUAGUACUUUUUAAAUGCAAACCUUUUUUUAUGGUCUUGGUGAAUAUCAGGAGACCAUUGUAGAGAUCUGUUGUUAAAUGUUAAGAAAAUUUUCAUAGAUAUUUACUUACUUGCAUUGGAGCAGUUCAGUUGUUCAAUCUAUGCCAUUUUAUUUAAUUCAUUGACAGCAUGGUUGCCAAAAGUGCCUCAGGUCAUGAUGGAGUGUUAACUGAAUUCCAGUUGUCAGAAAAAACUCUAGGUUGUCAUAUUUUUGUCUAAUGUGGAAAGUCAACAUGAUAAAGUGCAGUACCACAUUUGAUAUUUAAAAUUAUACUAUUAAUGGAAUAACAGUAGACAAAUUGUUCCAUUAAUAGCAUAAUAUAAACACCUGAAUAUAUUGGAGGCUUCUCAGCUGUUAGGUUUAACAAUGGAAUCUUAAUUUGCCAAAAUGAUUGCUGUUUGACAGAAAAAGUAGUAAUAUUUCUAUUUCAUUUCCAAUUUCCUCUGAUUUUUAGCUACAGAAGAGUAGUAAGUAGGUAAUGGAGUGAGGUAUCUUUGCCUUAAGAUAGAACAAACUCAGGCUGAGGUAUACUUGGCUUAUAGAGCUCUUCCUUUAGAUGUGUAUGCUGUAAAUACCCAAACCUCUUGAGAUCUUAAGUUCUAGUAAUUUCACAGUUUGUACCUGUAAAUUUUGUCCUUGUUAGUACCCAGGGAUGUCCUAGAAUACCAGGUUCAUUUCAUCUGCUGUUGCAUAUGGAUUCCAUUAUAACCUCUCAGCUGUUAUGCCCAUAGUGGGUUAUCGCCACUUUACUGACCCCACUUAUCAGUAGUUCCUCAAGUCUAUGUUGUUUUGCAUCAGUUGAAGAGGGUCUUGCUAUCACCUUAAGGGUUGUAAAUCCAUUUGAUUCCUUUGCUAUCUUUCCCAACUUCAUACGUAUUGUUCAGUAUUCAUAUUUUCAGUUACACUGAGAACAUUAAAGGGAAGUGAUAACCUCAUAGUGGACAUGGGAGACAUACCAGGCUCUUGUUUAUUUGAGAGAAGUAGCAAAAGGAACAAAUACAAAAUGCUUGUGUUUUCAGUACCUGAAAAGAAAGCAUAUUUGUUAGAUUAUACACUUGUCCCAUGGCAUAUCACAUACAUAUUUAAAUAAGGAUGAUGCAUCUGCCUCUGAUUAACUAUCCAUGUACCCAUAUACAGUUUUUCUACAUAGGAUAUCUUUUGUUUUUUCACCGAUAUUGUAAUUGUAUUUCAAGUUAUAGGUUAAAUGUUUCAUUUAUUUCUGAAUUUGAACUUAGACCUUUAUACAGCAAGAACUUUUAAAAACUCAUUAAUUUGGCUCUUCUAUUGAUAGCCAUAAGCAUUUUGUCCUGGUUAGUACUGCUAGUGAAUAAAAUGUAUCAAGCUAAAGUUUUUCAUUUGUGAGUAGUAUAUUAGCUUUUUAAAGCAGCAAACUAGGUACACUAAUUCUUACUAGAAUAUUUUUAUGUGAAUGUGGUUAUCAAGGCCUGAAGUCUUACUUAUUCCAACAAAAUACUUUAUUUUAGGACUGCAAAAAGGAUUCUAAUGAAGUCUUUUAUAAAAAACAGUAAGUUGAGUCUUUAGCCAUUGUAUACAUAAAUGUACAGACAUAUAUAUACACACAUUAGUGUAUAACACACAUAUAUAUGUGUGUGUGUUUUAUGCACUAACAUUUUGACAGGGUCUUCAUCAAGUCCUGAUGCACUUUUAACCCAAAAAACUACCAGGGAAGAAAAGUAGACUCUGUCUGAAGAUUAGUGAGAUGUUUCUGUCACUUGAGAAAAGGAAAGUCCUUUUGUCUUUAUAAAUUGUUUCUAAUAUGUUUACAAUCUAUAUUAGCUGGUAAAAGAGCACAGCUUUAUUAGUUAGCAAUGUUACUAAAAAAUGGAAUUAUUUUUUGGCAGUUAUGUUUUAUCUAAUUCAGAGUUUUGUUACAGUUUUAUUUAGAAUUUGUUGAAUUUUAAGUUUGUUUUGUGCUGAUAAAAAUUAUUCCUGGAUCCUAUUAUUAGUAACUAGAUCAAAUAUAGACUAGACAGGAAAAACACUCAGUAGUUUUAGUGUUUUGAAAAGUUACUAGUAUUUUUACUAGUUACUAGUAUUAUAAUUUGGAGCUGAUAAUAUGGUGAAAAUCAUUAAUGCUCUUUUUUCCUGAAUAUUUUUCAUGCCAGAAAUUAAGCAGGUUCUGCUCUUUUCUUGGUUGUCAUCAGAAUGAAAAUAUUUAAAGCAGUGGUUAAAAAAAAAACACUUGUGCCUGUCUAACACUGAUUUUGAGGCUCUUCAAUAUAUAUAAAUCAUGCAUUGAUGAAUCUUUCUUUUUUUUCACAUUUUAGUCAGAUAAAUUUAUUUGUAUAUAAUGGAAUACCUUUUCUUGAUUGAGCUACACUAUUAUAUCUACAUGACAUCAUAGUAGGGAAAAAAUAAAGAAUUGUGGUAGUCCUAGUAAUGUUUGUUGUUGAUUAUCCUAUCACUCAUGCAGACGGCACACAUUUUGUACCACAAACAUAUACUUAAUAUGAGGCAGAUUAUCUGAUUUGUUCAUUAUCUAGUUCCUAUACUUUUCUCAACUCUUAAGAUUUUCACUUACAUAAAGCAUAGUUUAUUCAUUGCACUUUACCACUCAUGAGCACUUGUUACAGAAGAUUAUCAGGGAAAAUAAAAGGAGGUAAAACUUAAUUUCCAGGUUAGUUCUUGAAAACUUGUGGGAAAAUGGGGAAACACAAAGAUUAUGAGAUGAAAACUAGGGCUCAUUCCUGAAUGUGCAGAUAAUUCAAUUGCCCUGUAUUUUCACUAAGCAUUAGGCUUAAAUUAGUGGAAUGUUGUGCUUUAUUUUUGAGGUUUAAUGAAAACUUUACUGCAUUUGCAAUUUGAGUAACUUGUUAUUAAAAUCAUUUCGGAAAAAUUUAAUGUUUUGAGACCUUCUAUGAGUGGCCGUUAGUUGAUUAUUUCUCAUCAGCAUUUUUUGUUUUUUCAGUGUUUAGGUUUAUAAGCUUACAUACCAUAGGAAACAAGAUAUCUUGUGAAGUUUUGUGGGGGAAGUCAAUUUGGAGAACAUGGCACACUCCUCAGGGAGCAAUAAAAGUAUCUUUGUAUUGUGAAAUUAUACCUAGACAGAAAACUUCCUUGCAACACAAGGUAAAUGUAGUUGAUACUUUUACAAAAUAGUGAGAUGAUUGGGAACCGAAAUUUUAUCCUAGUCUUUUUGAACAAAGGAUGCUAUUUCACAUUCUGUAAUAAACUUUUAUUUAUAUAUAUUAUUCAUGCAUUCUUGUACAAUAAGUUUUAACAGACUGAGAAAAUAGGAAGUCUUUGAGGCUACUCCUGUUCUUUACUUUUAGUAAGAUUGGUAAUAAGGAAAGAAAAGAUAAGUCAGUAAUCAGAUCUGAAUAUAUGUACUAUAAAUGCUCAAGAAUUCACCUUUUUGUGAUAUAUUAUGAAUACAGAAGACUGAGUUUUAUAUUAUUAAUAACAGUUUUAAAAUGGAAUAAAGUUUUGAAAAUAGACUGUUAUUUCAUUAAUAGUAUAAAUGUAACAGUAAACUUGAAUUGAUAACAUGUCUUUCAAAAGUUAGGUAGUAGUCUAAGCUAUAUCUUGAUUACAUUGUCUACGGUUGAAAAUUUUUAAAUCGAGUACUUUCUAAAAGUGCUUGGCAUGUUAUGCUCACAAAAAUGACUAUGUUUUGAAGUACCAAGUAACCAGUUAAUUUUUGAUGACUUUGUAUAGGACUUGAUAUAUAUGAAUCAUAAGUAUUUUGUACUUGAUUCUGUAUAUUGUAACUUUGAACACUUAUGAAAAACUAUCUGUUGAUGUGUUUUGAUUAGUGUAAAUUUGUUUGCAUAUUCGAAUCCUAAUCUUAGUUUAGGAAGUCAAAAAGUAGCCAUUUGUGUAAAGUUCAUAUGCUAUUUUUUUAAAUUAUGGUUUUUGUAUUUAUAUAAUAGUAAUUUUGUAGUAACGGAUUUAUAGACAAAGCAUUAGAACUAUUAACUCUUCCAAGGCCUAAAUGAUAGGCAUAUUUUGUAAUUCAUGUUGCACUUGUUUUGUUUCAUAUUGAACUUUUUAUAUCCCUUUUUUAGGAAGAAAAGACACAUUUGAAUUGUUUUUAGCAUAAAACUCUACAUUGGAAAAUAUAACUCUUCAUAUGGUUAGCAAAACAUACUUUGCCACCAAAGCUAAAUGAAACUAAAAUACCUCCAGAUAUUUGUGCCAAUGAACAUUUCUUAGCAUAUUGGAAUUAAAAUAAAAAUAAUCUUUUCAGUAUUUUUCAUCUAGGAAAUUAAAUGUGUAAUUCAUCAAAAUUUAUAUUCCACACCCAAAUUUUUCUUUAAAAAUAUGGAUAGUUUCUACCAUAGUAUAUCUGAUUUCCUGAAUGAUGUUCUCUGAUUUUAUUAUUUAAAAAUUAGUUUAUCUAAUAAUUAUCUUUCAUUAAUUAAAAUAAUUAUUUGAAGUAAUGCUUCAGAUUCUUUGUGAUGUAAAAUUUUAAAUUUGUUGCACAGAACACUUUUAGUAACGGUGACUGUCAUUUAUAUAAUGCAGUUUACUAAUAAAUUUUUAAUUUUCUAUAUAUUUCCUUUCAGUCCCUUUAUACAUCAGGUAUUUCACGGGAAAAUUACCCAGUAGAACCUAACAUAUAGUGCAACAAACUAAACAUUUUUAAAUGCAUAUCUUAAAGGAAAAUGUAAAGCAAUCAAGAUGUUAAUGCUAAAGUGUUAACAUUGAUAUUGUGGUAUACUCAUUAGAGAAAAGUAAAAUUAUGAUAGAUCCAGAAACUGUUUAUCUGGUAGAAAUUCUUUAAUUUCUCUCUGUAGAAAUUCUCAAAGGGAAUUUCAGUCCUCAUAUUGUAGUUUUUCCCACCACUUAAUGUCGCUUAACUGCUUCUAUGACCAGCACUGCUAACGCAGUUUACAUAAGUAAGCUUGGAAGUAAAGAGGCAGCAGAGAAAGCCAAAUAUUAAAAUGUUUGGCCUUCAAUUAAAGACAGUUUAUCUAUUUUCAGGUGAGGACUGCGUAAUAUUAGUAGAGAUGAUAUACAGACUUAAAAAUUCAGUGAACAUUAUUUUCUGAGCUGAGUUUGUCCUUUGUGCUGAAUAUUAACAUAAUGUAUUUAUGUUAUGUUAUGAUGCUGUAUUUAACAUAACCAUACUUUCUAAACAUAGUCAAAUAUAUAUUUGUUGGAAUAUUGGUAGAAAUAACCAUCUUUUCCUCCACUGUGGAGGGGAAGGAAACUCCAGUGUUUAGUGUAUAUAAAUUAGGAAAUUGUAUGGCUUAUUUAUUUACUUUUAAAAAAAUAUAAGUGACUUAAACACGUUACUUUGAAGUGAUCGUAUUACAGUUUCUUAAACUUAUGACUAAGUAUAUAAAUGUAGCAGUGUACCCAUGAGAAACCAGACCAAAAUUGAAUGCAUAUUAUCACUGUGACCUUGAACUUAUAGUUGUUUGGUAUAAAACAGACUGUGCCUUAAAAUGAAGGAAUGCCCUACAAUUUUAUAACUGUAUGUUUUAUUAUGGGUGGUCUUCUCAAAUUGGCCCCAAAUCCUUUUCUCUGAAGUUGGUGUAGUAAAAGUUUAAAAUAUUUCUCUUAGUAUUUAUAUGUAUAUACUCUGUAUAUGCUCUAAAGGCCUCCCUUAAUUGUAGAGUUCUCAUUUUGAAUUAAAAUUGAAUUAUAUUUCAUGGAUGUAGAAAAUUAAGUUUGGCUAAAAUUUCUGAAAACAGUUAAUUUUAGGAGAAGGUGGUGGCACUUCUCUUCUGAAAUUAUUAUACAUGGAAAAAUUAAUCUUCAAAUGUAAUUUUGUUUUCUUUCUAAGAAAUAAUCAAAGACAUGAAUUUAUUUCUGUCUAUAAGUACUGAGACCUGUACUUAUUUUUCCUCAGAUCACUGAAGCUUGUAUUACAUAUCAAAUAAAGUUAUUUACCC